GCAUUUUCUGCAGAGGACAGUUUAUGUCCACAACGGCUUCCCGUCGGCUGCGUACCAUCCCGGAAGAUUUUGCCUUUCUCCUGACACGUAGCAACCCGAACCAAGUUGGCAGGGCUCUGGGUAGAUCUGUCAAACAUCACAGAGUGAGAGAUGUCAGGGUUUGACAAUUUCAACACAGACUUUUACCAGUCCAGCUACAGUGUAGAUGACCAAAGCCAGGCCGGCUAUGGUUAUGGCAAUGCUGAAAACCCCUACAACAAGCCAUACGGUCAGUACGACUACUCCCAGCCCGUGGGCUACGCCUCCCCAGGGGUGAUGCAGCCCCAGCAGCAAUACACAGGCCAAAUCUUCCAGCCCACACAGACGUACACUCCAUCCCCAUCACAAUCGUUGUAUACUAGCAGCUUCGACGACGAGCCGCCACUGCUAGAAGAAUUAGGAAUCAACUUUGACCACAUCUGGCAGAAGACUCUGACGGUGCUCCAUCCAAUGAAGGUAGCAGAUGGCAGCAUCAUGAACGAGACAGACCUGGCUGGCCCCAUGGUCUUCUGUUUGGCCUUCGGAGCAACACUACUCCUGUCAGGUAAGAUCCAGUUUGGCUAUGUGUAUGGUAUCAGCGCCAUUGGCUGCCUCGGCAUGUACUGCCUUCUCAACCUAAUGAGUAUGACGGGCGUUUCCUUCGGCUGUGUGGCCAGCGUGCUGGGAUACUGCCUCCUCCCGAUGAUCCUCCUCUCCAGCUUUGGAGUCCUCCUCUCUUUACAGGGCAUGAUGGGAAUUAUACUAACGGCUGCAAUCAUUGGCUGGUGUAGUUUGUCAGCCUCAAAGAUCUUCAUCUCAGCGUUGGCCAUGGAUGGGCAGCAGCUGUUGGUUGCUUACCCUUGCGCUCUCUUAUAUGGGGUCUUUGCACUCAUCUCUGUCUUCUAAAAAAAGAAAUCAUUGAGUUACAGUUUAAAAUAACUGCCCCCCAGUUUCUGUAAUUUCAGUCUAAUUAGCAUCAGUGUAAUUAGUGUAAUUAUUGUCUAAUUGCACCGUUAUUACAGAAAAAUGGGAGCUCCUGUCCAAAACAGCACCAUGUUUUUUUUUUUUUUAAAUACGCCUCCACUUCUCGAUACAUUCCGACUUAAGCAUCUGCAGGCUGGAGUGUAUUGUCUCACUCAUGUCGUCUCUCCACCUUGCUCCCCUCAUACAUCUUAAAGGAGAGGACUGUCAAAUAAACCUGAUGAAAAAAGUCCUGUGGACCAUGUUGAGCCUCAAAUGGCCUAGUACAGUCCUAUGAUUUUAAGGACAUGAAGGGGAAGGAAGUGAGCAACUAGUUCACACAAUGAACCGAAGAGACAGUUUAAUUUGGACACAGACAGGAAAAGGACCAAUAACCAACCCCCAGCUAAUCCUGCAGCCCAAUUUGGAGCCAGUGGCCAGUGGAAACACCCGUGUAUCAUGAUUUGCAAUUGCAAAAGCUGUUGUGAGCCAUUUGUGGCGAACACCUAAAGAUUCAACAGCUGCAAGACUACAGACAACACCCAUUUCCUUCUGCACAAGACUACAGUAGCUCAUUCUACUUCUCCACCCAGAAAGAGCAGAGGAAAAUGGGAGAGGGGGUCUCCUCCUUUAUAUCCUCUUUUCUCCUCCAGGAUUGAGGAGCCAUGAUUCUCAUCAUUUGCUCAUCACGUCAGUGAUCUGAUCUUUGAUGUAUAUCUUCUCGUGUAAUGUUUUAUUGUAUCCUCUUGAAAUUCAUUUGCGUUUUAAUGCUUUUCAAGAAGACAACCGUACAGUUUGCACAAAAGCAUUGUCUAAUUUUCAAAAACCAAACAUUUAGAUGACAUUUGAUUAGAUAUUGAGAAUUAUUAGUCUGAGAGAUACUGUAUAUUUAUAGGUACAGGCAUGUCUCUAUAGGUUGUUGCUAUCGUUUGCAUCCUUUACAUUUCUUACAUCUUUAUUUUAGAAUUGACUCACUUUGUAUGCUUUGAUGUGUCAUCUGUUGUUCAUGUCUUCUCAUGCACAUUAAAGUUGUCUUUGAAGGUAA